UUGUAACAUCAAAAGUUCAUUUUUGAGGCAAACAGAAAAUCCAGCUUAUUAUAGUUUACUGGGACUAACAACCCCCGGACAAAUUUGGAAAAAAAUUCAGCUAAAGUGGGUGGUGCUUUAAGGAACAAUGAGACACAGCCUAGUGUGGGGAUAGAUGGUGAGGGGAUAAGCAAGGCUGUAGUAAGCGCCGUUACCAAUUUGGUACUUUGUGGUUAUAGUUUUCUCCAAGUUGCGUUUGAAGAAAGUAUGAACAUGGGCAAAACUGAGAAACUCUAUCAAUCAACCAACUGGAUAUUAAAGUAUGUCACCGGAGAUUUAUUCUCCUGUCCACGCGAUGAAUCCUUGGCCCACUGCAUCAGUGAAGACUGUCGCAUGGGAGCAGGCAUAGCGGUAAUGUUCAAGAAGAAGUUUGGUCGAGUCUCAGAGUUAAAGGAGCAGAAGAAGCUGCCGGGGCAGUGUGCUGUCCUGACACAUGAUCAACGUUUCAUCUACUAUCUGAUCACAAAGAAAAAAGCCAGCCAGAAACCCACGUAUGUCAACCUAAGACAGAGUCUGGAAGACAUGAAAUCUCACUGCUUAGAAAAUGGUGUCAAUAGGAUAUCAAUACCCCGAAUUGGCUGUGGCCUGGACCAGCUGCAGUGGUCAAAGGUGUCAAAGAUCCUGGAACAGAUCUUUAAAGAGACAAAUAUCUCCAUCACAGUGUACAGCCUGCCCUGUGUUGGGUCAAAGCUUCAAAUGCAUGCCGUGUAGUACAUUUUCAUUGGGGUUUUUUUAGCUUUAAAUCCUUUAUAAUCCCUUAAAAUUUUGGAUGAAAUCAACACUCCUUAAACAGUUUUAAGGAAACAAUAAAUAAGGAAACAAUAAAAACCUCCCCAAAAGAUGUUUACAUACAAG